GGCCAUCGGAACUAACCCCCUCUCAGGCUCCCUCCCGGCCGCCCUUGCAUCGCUGCCUCUCCUGCAAUACCUAGCUCUGGGCGGCAACCAACUAACGGGCGUCAUCCCUCCGUCCAUUGCUGGGCUCUCUGCGCUCACCCAACUCAACCUGGCCGGCAACAACCUCACAGGCUCCAUUCCCCCCGCUAUAACCUCAAUAAGCUUAGUGUCAU